ACUCCUUUGCUGCCGCUCUUCGGUGUAUCUAGACAGAACAUCUAUAUUCCAUACAAAAGCUCAAAAUGGUCACCGCCGUCUCCCCCGAGAACCUGAAAGAGUGGCAUACCCCCUCUACUAGGCCUGAUGUCAUCCACGAGUUGAUCCAUGGUGUCGACCGAUACAACCCAUCAAACUUGCCUUUCAUGGAGGACUACCUUGCCACGGAAUUGAAGGAAGGACAGUACGAUUUGUUCGGCAACCUCGCUAUCCUUAAAUUAUACCAAUUCAAUCCUCAACACAGCAACCCAGAUGUUAUCAUCAACAUACUCAUCAAGGCUCUUGCAGCUACAGUGUCAGGACCUGAUUUCAACUUGUGCUUGGAAAUGCUCAGGGAGCCUUCUGCUAUUCUCCACGAUAUCGAAUCGGCGGAUGAAGCACUUGUAAUUGUCAUGCCUUACCUUCAAAGGCUUCAUGAACUCAGCCGGACAUGCCAAUUCACAAAGUUUUGGCAAGAGAUCAACUCUGAUUCUGAGGCAGCUAAAAUCCUCCGAACGCGCUACCUCCCACAACACGCCUCUCCCCUGGACGAUUUCCGCUUCAUCUUUUCCGCGUCUAUCGCCUCAUGCUUCCGUAGGAUAUCCCUUUCUCAACUCUCUCGAUGGCUCGAUAUCCCUUCCGACAAGGUAGGAGAGUGGUGCAGCAAGGUUGAGUGGACAGUGGAGGGGCAGGAUGCGGUCAUCCCCAACAACGGGCAGAAUGAUGUAAAGGCCGGUGUUGUCAAGGAGAAUGUUCAGCUUGGCCAAUUGACCAAGUUGGUGGCUGCGGCGGGUUAUUAGACGGUUUUGAAAGCAUUCUGGAGUUCGAUGGUAUCUGGAUCAUGCAUGCAUCGAUAACGUGCUUUGGUCGCGGUUGAGAAUGACCAUACCACGGAUCUAGUGUAUCGACAUAAUUUAUGUGUAUUCAUGCUGGCUAAAGCGCUCAGUUUGAAGUUGCAACGAAGCUCAUGGAGAUGUUACUUGCAUCUACAUAUGAUCUG